AUGGAGAGGAAAGACAAAGUGCAAGGGAAAAGUAAAGAAGCAGGACAGAUUAAGAAGAAACAGCAAGAUGUGAUUGGUUUCUUGGAAGCCAACAAAAUAGGAUUUGAAGAAAAAGAUAUUGCAGCUAAUGAAGAGAAUCGGAAGUGGAUGAGAGAAAAUGUACCUGAAAACAAUCGACCAGCUACAGGGUACCCCUUGCCACCUCAGAUUUUUAAUGAAAGCCAGUACCGUGGGGAUUAUGAUGCUUUUUUUGAAGCCAGAGAAAAUAAUGCAGUGUAUGCCUUCUUAGGAUUGACAGCACCACCUGGUUCAAAGGUUCUCAAGAAUUGUUCUAGAUUAACAGCAAACAUCUCAGCAAUCUUCUUGGCAGCAUUUAUUGUCUUUGUGUAA